AUGAAAACUCCUCAUAAUUCUGAGGAUGAAUUGGAAUCUAAUGGGAAGUCAGAUGAAUUUUCCAUUCUCAAAGAGGGUCAAAGAUUUGGGGAGUUGAAACUUCAAGUGGGAAUGAAAUUCAAUACCAAACAAGAGUUUAAAGAUGUCGUGCAAGAGUUUACUAUACAAGAGGAAAGAUGGAUUAAGUUCAUAAAACAAGACAGUGUUAGGUGUCGGGCAGUGUGCCAAGUGGAUGAGUGCUGUUGGAUUGAGUAUGCCUCAAGGGAUCAUGAGGAUUGUUGCUGGCAAAUCAAGAUAUUUUAUGAUGAUCAUAUAUGUCCAAGAAAAAAUUCAAACAGGGCUACAAACAGAGCAUGGCUGGCUAGUAAGUUAGUUAAAAAGGUUAGGAAGUACCUUAAUUUCAAGCAAUGUGAGGCUGUAGAGUACUUUAAGUCAAAGUGUGAUCUGAUUCUACAUAGGAAUUCAAUUGCUCGAGCCUUGGCAGAUGCAAGGAAUGUUGUUUACCAGGAUGAGAAGGCACAAUAUGCCAUGUUAAGGGAUUAUGUUGAAACUCUUCUGAAAAAUAAUCUGAAAUCUACAGUAAAGAUUGGGGUGACUCCACUACUUGAUGGACAGAUUAUGUUUGAGAAGAUGUAUGUUUGCUUGAGUGGUUGCAAGAACAGGUUUAAAGCUGGGUAUCGACCAUUAAUUGGAUUGGAUAGUGCAUUUCUGGAGACACAAAUUGGUGGGCAGAUAUUAUCAGCGAUGGCACAAGAUGCAAAUCAUCACAUUUAUGUGAUUACUUGGGCUAUAGUUAACAUUGAAAACAAGGAGAACUGGAAAUAA